CAAGCUUCGUCCAAAAUGAAGACGAGCCUUCAAACAAAAGGGGGAACCGUCGAGGCGCAAUUCGUUUACGUUUUCGUCCUCGGUAUCUUAUUCACCGGCGUGAAGGACCGGUUGCGCUCGCAGGUGAUGUCGUCAGCGGUGGACAGCAGGCGGCUGAAGAGCAGAGGACUGUGGGAAGUGUACAGCGGCGUGGUGUUAUUGGUGGCUCUGUUGUUCAGAGCUCAUAAUUUGCCCACGCUGGCCUGCUGUCUGCUCAUCCAGACAAUCAUGGCUCAGUUCAUCUGGAAGAAGCUCCACUACGAUGCCGCCCAGACCACCAUCAUGCACUACUGGUUCGGCCAGGCUUUCUUCUACUUUCAGGGAAACUCUAAUAACAUCGGGACCGUGGACAUCUCUGUGGGUUUUGUGGGUCUGGAUAGUUACGUAGAAGCGCCUGCCAUUUUCCUGACGGCGCUGAGCACCUACGCAGGACCGCUGCUCUGGGCCUGUCAUCUGCUGUGUUUCCUCAGCUCACAGAGAGACAGGGCUGGAAUGGGUCUCGGUCAUGGCAGCUACUGCUUUGCACUCCUGCGGUCCAUCCCGGCUGUGUUUUACGUGGUCCUGGUCACCUCGCUCCGAUACCACCUUUUCAUCUGGAGCGUGUUUUCUCCGAAACUCUUGUACGAGGCCAUGCACACACUCAUCACCGCCGCUGUGUGUCUUUUUUUUACCUUUAUGGAUCAGGAACGCUCGGCCAGACCGUGAACACAGAGCCAGAACCAGAACCAAAGCCAAACUCAGGUAAAGAACAAACGGUGCAGUUGAGUUUUGUGCACCAAAAGGAGAAAUAAAUUGAGAGAAAAAGCAAUGGGAGAAGGUUUUAGGUUAUUCUACUAGUGUGAAUGAGGUCAACGUUGAGAAUUCAGAGCUUACAUGGAGAUUUGGCUCACUCUAUUGACUUUCACUCAUUUGUGUGUAUGCGAUUUAAAUUAUUUUUGUAUUAUUUUGGGAGGUCAUUGUUAGUGCAGAUAACAUAUGGCCAGACUUGUGUGCAUACAUAUGAUAAUCCCUCUCAUUCUCUAUGCAGUUUUCUUUCUAAAGCUUUACAGAUAAUGGAGAGUAUAAUUCUUUUUGUAUCUUUCAAUUUCCGUUCCUGACCGUUGCUUCACCUCUAGAAUAAUAUGAGAUAAGUUACAUCAUUAAUAACUCUCCCCUCACUGAGAUCACAGCAGAUGUGCGCUCCUGAUGCUCUUGAAAGCUUUAAGGGAUCUUAAAAGUCUUUUAAAUCAUAUCUAAACACAGCUACCUGUGACGUUUUUGUUUAAUCAGCCUGUUGGAAAUGUGAAUUGUAAGCUGAUUAAUGUUAGUAAGUGUUUUUUCUUUAUCUCAGCGCUAAGAUCUGGUUAAUAAUAAAAUAAACCCUUUUCUGAUUGAGAG